AUUCUCUCUCACCCAUUGCCCCGAGCGCUCUCUCUAUUCUUAGGAGAGCCCAAACUCCUUCCUCCCGACGUACAAACGCGCGCGUGCCCCCGUUCUUGCCGGCAACGCCCAUGGAGGUCGACCUCGACCGUGCGCGCGCUCUGCGCGUCCUCGGCCGAGGCGCCAUGGGCACCGUCUUCCUCGUCGCUGCCGACCCGGCGGGUCCCGGCUGCGGCGGUCGCUACGCUCUCAAGGUGUUUGACAAGCGCUCCAGUGCGUCCAAGCGCGACGCCGACCGACGCGCGCGGUGGGAGGUGACCCUGCUCUCCCGCCUCGCGCACCCGCACCUCCCGUCCCUCCUCGGCACCGCCGAGACGCCCGACCUCCUCGCAUGGGCCGUCCCUUACUGCCCUGGCGGCGACCUCAACGAGCUCCGCUACUCGCUCCCCGACCGCGUCUUCUCCCCGGCCGCCAUACGCUUCUACAUCGCCGAGACCAUCUCCGCACUCGCCGAUCUCCACGCCUCCGGCGUCGUCUACCGCGACCUCAAGCCAGAGAACGUGCUCCUCCGCGCUGACGGCCACGUGACCCUCACCGACUUCGACCUCUCGCGCCUCCUCCCGGUCCCCUCCUCCUCCGCGUCGACGUCGCCUCCUCCUCAGGCGCCACCCGUGUUACACCGCAGGACGCGCACCUUCGCAGCUGGCCACAACGCCAAGCGCGAGCCCACCGUGUCCUCCGCGGCCUCGGCGCCGAAGCAGCAGCUCCAGAACCUGGUCCGGUUCCUGAUGCGAAGCAACGGGGCCGCCCUCGAGCUGGCCAAGAAGACCAAGUCGGCGCGCGUUUCCCCCGUCAGCCGGAAGUUUGCCGCGUCCUCCGGCGCCGCGUGGGGUAAGUCGUACUCGUUCGUGGGCACGGAGGAGUACGUGGCGCCGGAGGUGGUGAGCGGCUACGGCCACGGGUUCGACGUCGACUGGUGGGCCGUGGGCGUGCUCGUCUACGAGAUGGCCUUCGGCCGCACGCCCUUCAAGGGCAAGAACCGCAAGGAGACGUUCCGGAACGUGCUACACAUGGAAAUCGACUUCCCAGGGGACACCCAGCGCCGGAUGCCGGAGCUCACGGACCUCAUCUCGCGGCUGCUCGAGAGGGACCCGGCGAGGCGGCUGGGGUACGCCGGCGGCGCCGACGAGAUCCGGGCGCACCCGUUCUUCGCCGGGAUGGCGUGGGACAUGCUCGCGGAGGUGACACGGCCGCCCUACAUCCCGCCACCGGCGGAGGACGAUGCCGCGGCUGCCGGCGAGGGGUUCGACGUGAGGGAUUACUUCAGGAAGCUCCACCAGCCACCGCCCCCGGGGUCGGACACGUCGUCGUCGGACUUCUCGUCGGAGUUCUGACUCAGUGACUUGUAUAGCUUACGUGGCCGGCCGUGCUGUAACUCUUUAGCGUUUUGCUCCUCGGUAGAUUUCUGUUUCGCGAUGAAUACAUCGGUGGUGCAGAACGGGGCGGUGGUGUAAAUUGGGUGUAGUGCUGGUGGAGAUGUGCAAACAGUUUUGAGAGGUGCACGUACGUUGGCGUCCAAGGCCUUUCUUGGUGUACUUCAACCAAUGCUGCUCGAUAAAGUGUUGCGCGAUGAUGAAUUCACGAAGGGAUUCUGAUGCAAA